CUAUGCAUAGUUUAUUUUUUUGUCACAACUAUAACUAUUUGCGAGGUAGCAUCAUCUGGUUUGGCUGGAUUACCUUCGGUAUAAUUUUCGAGGAGUGCAAAGUGGUUUCCUCGACCGUGCUCAUGCAGCCUCAGAACUGUAUCUGAUCUCUGAUCGCAGACGACUACCAAGACCCUGACGAGAAAGCGUUCGAGAAGCUGAACAACGUCCCACAGAGGCUGUACACCACCGUGACUCCGCGACUGCAGUCUCCCGACGGUGCGAUGUACAUCAACAGUAACAACGUCGGCAACAACACACCGAAAACAGCGCGUGGCGUGUGGCAGGCCGGGGAGGUGACGUACGUGGAGCUGUCCCACGCCCGGGCGAGCUGCGCGUCUCCGCGGCGAGGCAGCGUCUCCGCCACGCCGCUCCGCCGGCAGGAGCCCGUCGUGUACGCGCAGAUCGACGCUGCCAGGAGGGGGGGCGGGGGGGAGGAGCCCUCGCCCGCCGCCCUGCCCCUCCUGCACCCCCACCACCUGGCCGGCGUCCCGCUCGUCCCCGCCCCGCAGCGCCGGGAGAGCACGGGGGUGGUUCGUCCAGCGGGCGGGGGCGGAGUCCCAGCGCCCCGCAUGACCACGACGAGGUUCUGACCGGCCUCGCUGCCCGCCGACCAGUGAGCACGCUGGCCCCUCGGGGCAGGAUGCCCCCGGCCGUGUUUCCGGCGGUCCCUCCCGCCCCACGACUGUUGUCCCCGUGUUUACUGAUACACAGUGGUUCACUGUUUCGUGCAACAUGCAAGAUUAAAAUAUGUUAAGUAAAACUACGUGUAAAAAAAACAGGCAAGUUUCAAAGGUGUUAAUGCUAAAAAAAAAAAAAAGACAGUUUUGUAAAAAAAAACUGACGUUUUUUCGAUAUAAAGUUUAUAGAUCUUGUUCAUUUAAUUCACACAUUAAACAAAAAAGCAUUUACAUGCUAGUCAAUUUAUACACAGGUAUUGGAGAUACGAAUGAACAUGCACGUUGCCUAGAUGCCGAGAGAACUGAUGAUACGUCGGUGUUUUGUUUUUUUUAUAUAUAAAUACAUAAAUUCAAAAAAGAUGACUUGAGAGUGUUCACGUCAACAGCGAUGUGGACCGCUCGACUACCUGUUAUCACAAGGACACGAAAGUGCUGCAAACGGAUGUGACACGCGAGUGACUUGCCUAUCUGACUUGCUCCACACAAUCCAUUUUUUCUAAGCAUUUUACUCAAAUUCAUUUUCUCAGGAAUGUGCAAAACAGCAUCGUUUACAUGUUCACAAAGUAACAUUCUGUAUGUCAACAUUUUAGUUUUCAUAAAAAAUUUGUAAAAAUUUAUUUUGUGCUGUAAAAAAACUUUUUAUGUAUCUAGAGUAUUUUUUGGUUGCUUUUAGACAUGCUACCAUGAAAUUUGAGUUUAACUUUUAAUACUUACAGGAUGUAACCUUGGAUGCACAAUAUAAAAGUAUUUUCACUUGUACAUACACAAAUCUACAGAGUUUAAAAAACAAUUUAGUAAAAUAUAAAAAAUAAUUAUCUUUAAACUUAGCUAAACGUCUUCAAUUUACUAAUCACAGAUUCAACUUUAAUAACAUCCUAAAAAAAAUUAUUAUUAUAUUUUGGCCAUAAAUUAUAUUUUUGUAAUUGAGGUUUGUGUGUUCUUAUAUUUAUAAAUGUUUCAUGGCUCCUUAAAUAAAUUUAAUUAUUACAAUACUAUGUUUUCACAACCCAAACUAAAUUUAUGUUCCUCUAGUAAAGUGACAAAAGGGCUCUAAUUCUACUUGUGUAUCUGGUACAAUAAUUAUUAUUAUUAUCAGUAGAGAUGGUGCCAGGAAUACAUCAGAACGAAUAGUAAAUAAAAAUAUUUUGAAAUAACUUGGCUUCAGUCUAGGCAUCGCUUAAUUUUUUCCAAAUCAGUUUCACAAAUUUGGUUUACAUGAUACUUUAUUCCAAUGUACUCGAGGAUUUGUAGAUAACUGUCAAGCCGCACCUCAAAGCACCUCAAUGAUGAACUCAAUUUUUUUUUUUUUUUUUUUUUUAAUUAUUCUUGAUGCCAUUUUUUUUUAACAGCAUCAAAAUACAUGUGGUACCAUUUUCCGUUAGGUAAAUAUAAUCCUGUAAAGUAUUGGAUACAAACCUACAAAUACAAUUAACAACAACACUGGAAAAAACUACAAACAAGAAAUAAAUAUUUUAUGUUUGAAAAUACAUCCAUCAUGACCUGUCCCAGAAAGAGAUUAUUAUUUAGAAUUUUAGUGUGCAUUUUUCCACUAUAUUUAAAUAACUUAUUUAGUCAAAAGAGCCAUGAAAAUUAAAAACAUUCUUGUCCGCUGGUGCAUUUGUUAGCAUGUGGUUGGUUUAUUGUCAACAGGUUGUGCAAGGGCAUAGAAAUAUUGUAAAUAAUUGCAUAAACUAUUGAAAGUAAGCUAUCAAAUCUGUAUGCAUACAUGCAUAAAUACUUUUUUUCUUAAACUCAGUGUUUACAGCAAUAUGCCCACAAUUUCAUGAUUACAAAAUGCAAUUACCUAACUGAAUUUUGAAAUUUUUCAUGUUUUAACAUUUUUUUGAAGUGUCUAGUCAUCAUUAAAAGCAAGUCCUGAACCACGGACCUAUGGUUCACCAGAAACACUAACCACCGAGCCAACAGCUUACACUGUAUUUUAUUUUGCACUUUGCGCUGUUUUCACACAAAUACAAGAAAUACAAUACUCACCUGAGAAAUUACUGUGCACUUCAGUUCUUGAUUUUCCAUCGAGACACACAUAAAUCUGAUACUUGAAACUCGCUACUCACUGAGAGAAGCUGGAAAUUAUACACAAGGUGUACAAUGAUGCUGAAUAUUGCAUAAUUUUACAAUAUUUUUUUGAGGCAAUGUUAAUUUGUAGCAAACUGAAAGAUUAUUAGAUUUUUACCAUACACAAUAUUAAAUAGCAAAAAAAAAAAAAUUUAUACAUGUUAAAAGAUGGAUUUAAAAACUACGUGUGAAAACAAAGGCCAAAUCAUACUGAACUUUUUUUUUCCAACUGGAAUGCCACAAAGACAUUAUUUUAAUUUUUAAUUACUUGAUGAGGCCGUUAGUGGCGGAUAGGCCUAAAUUAUUUUUGAAACAGCAAUACAUGACCUAAAAUGAAGAACCAUCUUAUCAGUUGCCUAGAUCAGGGGUCGGCAGACUGCGGCUUGCGAGCCGCUUGCGGCUUUUUUCAUAGGGUUUCACGUCUCUGCAUCUCGAUGCGUUUCACAGCACAAAAAAAAAAAAAAAAGCAGAACAAAAUGAAACAGCACAAUCACAACGCAUGUCUUCAACCUGCUUACCUGCCUCCACACUCGCCCUGGUGCUUUUUUUUAUUUUAAUAAUUAAUUAAUUAAUUAAAAUAAUUUAGGUUUUUAUGUUUUAUCGGUAGAGCUCUACUAAUGACUAAAAUAUAUAUAUUUUUUAAUUUACGCAUUUUUUUUUCAAAGUACCUUUAUUUAAAGAUUUUUAUGUUGAAUUUGUGAAUAAAUUAAUUUGAUUUGAUCUCAUAUUUUUUAUCAUCUUAAAAUUCCAUGCAGAUACAGAGAAAAUACAUGAUGCUGCACUAAAAAAUUUGAUAAUCUGUUAACAUUUGGCUGAUUUAAAUUGGAAGUCUGUUGACCCCUGGACUAGAGGAAUCCAGAAAACUCAUGGACAGCCAGAAUCAGCGUAUCUGGAUUGGGAUUUUAACAAAGCUUCUCCCAAAACAUCCUGGUUUUAUCAAUGCACCACUUCCUUUUGUACCUUUGUGAUGUACUGAUGCACAAAUAAGUUCAACAAGUAUACACUCUUAUGACUAUACUCAUACUCAUGUAAGAAAAACACAGCAACUUUAGUUUUUAGCUCUGGAUGUACAAAAAAAAAAUAAGUUGGCACAGAAAAUUCUGUCAAAAUCACUGAAUACUGCUAAAUUACCACUCAGCCUAUUUUGGUACCUUCUUUGUGCUGAAAAGAAGUAUUUAUAGUAUUUUCAAACAUUUACUUACAAAAAUAAUUUGCAAGAUUACUAACUCAAUAGCAGCUGUCUUCCAAUUUUAAAUUAUUUGUGCAACAAUUUUGAACAAAACUAUGUCAUUUGAAUCAAAAUGAUACUGUUUCGCACAUUCCAAUAAUUUCGCUCCCAUAAUAAUUGACUGUAAAAAAAGUUUACAUACUAAAACAUUUGUGUAAAAAUAAAAUGGUGUGAAAAAGACAAAGUGUUAAAAAAUUAUAUAAAAACUGUUUUACCUUGAAAAAUGUGCAUUAAUAUUAUGUAAACGUAAAUACAAAAAUUUGAUUUGUAAAUAUCAAACCUUUUUGCUGUAUAUGUAAAAUAAAAAAUAUCUUUCUUUACAUAAAAUAUAGUUUAUUUCACUCUUUUUAAGCAUCUAAAUUGCUGUGAUUUAUUGUGAAUGAAUUAAAAUAGAAUAAAAAAUUUGAUAAUAUGCUAUGAAACCAAUCUUGGUUGGUUUUACACAAAUUUUACAUUUCACAGGUGUUAUGGACGGCCAGUGUGAACACGAGCGUUGCAGCGGGAUCCAGGAAGCUUUUGUUUGUGUAGGAAAGGAAUAAAAAGUACAUUCU